AUGGAUAGAUUUAUUGAAAGUAGAAAAAGAUUAAAUUUAAGUUGGAAUGAAAAAGAAGUUAAAAAAUUAUUAGAAGCAGUUAUUAAAUAUGGAACAAAUUGGAAAAUUAUAUGGGAAGAAUAUUUUAAACCAAAUAGAAAUCCUAAUAGUUUAAGAGGAAAAUGGGAAAGAUUAUAUUAUGCUAAACAAAGACCUUCAUAUCAUAAUCCUUGGACUUCUGAAGAAAAUAAAUUAUUAAUUGAUGGUGUAAAUAAAUUUGGUGUUGGUAAAUGGGCUCAAAUUUCUAAAUUAUUUCCUCAACGAGAUAGACAUCAAAUUAAAAAUCAUUGGAUUGAUAUUUUUUAUGGUAAUCGUGGUAAAUGGACUACUGAAGAAGAUAAUUUACUUUUUAAAUUAGUUGAUAAAUAUGGUCUUAAAUGGACUUUGAUUGGAAAACAUUUAAAUCGUGCUAGAAAUGAUAUUUAUAGUCGUUAUUUUAUUAUCAUAAGAAAAAAAUGGACAACUGAUGAAAAUUUAUCUCUUAGAAAUCUGAUUGCAAAAUAUGGUGAAAAUUGGAAAAUUAUUUCCGAUCAUUUUCCUAAUAGAAGUGUUUAUGAUAUUAAGAUGCAUUAUAAACAAUGUUCAAGUAUUAAUCCUAACGUUAAUAAAGGAAGAUGGAAACCUGAAGAAAUUAAAGCUUUUGAUGAAGCAUUUCAUAAAUUUGGGAAAAAAUGGAGACAUAUUGCUGAAUUCGUUCGAACUAGAACUCCAA